AUGCUUGAGACUAUUGAAAAUUAUAUACAAACCUUCAAAGAAAAGGAACAUCUUUAUGUAAAAAAAAAUGUCUCCAUAAUUGGUUCUCCACUGGGGGCUGGGCAAUCCUUGGAAGGAGUAAAGUUGGCAUGUGAUGAUUUAAGAAAAUUAGGUCUGCAUAAUGUGAUAAAGUUUAUGGGAUGGAAUUAUGAAGAUAUAGGAAAUAUAGAAACAAAUACUACAAAAAAUAAAAGUAAAGAGGAAGAAGAAAAUACAAAAAUGAAUAAUACAAUAAACAAAAAACAUGCUUCAAAAGAAAUUUUGAAUGGAUAUAAUGAUAUUAUUGAUGAGCAUAUGAAUAAAAAAUACUUGGGGAAUGAUUAUUAUAAUAAUAUAAAAAACGUAGAAUUAAUUGGAAGGUUUAAUGAAAGACUAUUUCAUGUUAUGAGUAAUGAAUUAAAAAAAAAAAACUUUGUAUUAAAUAUCGGAGGUGAUCAUAGUAUAGCUUUUGCUAGUGUUUUGAGUUCAUUACACAUUUAUAAGGAUCUAAAGGUUAUUUGGAUAGAUGCCCAUGGAGAUAUUAACACUCCUGAAACAUCUCCUUCGGGAAAUUAUCAUGGUAUGCCUUUAGCUCAUUCAUUAGGGCUUUUCAAAAAGAAGGUCCCAUAUUUUGAGUGGUCGGAAACUUUGACUUAUUUGAAAGCAGAAAAUUUAGCUAUGAUAGGGAUAAGAGAUAUUGAUAUGUACGAAAAAAUUAUUUUAAAAAAAUAUAAUAUUAAUUACUACACUAUAUUUGAUGUUGAACAAAAUGGGAUAUAUAAUACGAUAUCCAACGCUUUAAAGAGAAUUGAUCCAAGUGAAAAAUGUCCAAUACAUAUAUCAUUAGAUAUUGAUAGUGUUGAUAAUAUUUUUGCACCUGGAACUGGAACAAUUGCAAAAGGAGGGUUAACUUAUAGAGAAAUAAAUUUAUUAAUGAAAAUUCUGGCUGACACAAAAAGAGUUGUAUCAAUGGAUUUAGUAGAAUAUGAUCCAUUAUUAGAUGAACAAGAAAAAAAAUUUCAUGGUGACUCAUUACCCAUUUCGAAAAGUGCAACAAAAACAGGAAAAUUAUGUCUUGAAUUAAUUGCCAGAAUCUUAGGGUAUGAUAUUGUAUAA